AUGGCCACCAAUUCAGCGACCCCAGAACUGCCCAAUGAUACUGAGCAAUUGUCGGGAUCUGUAGCGACAUUGGACGCGCGGGGCGCGAAUCCUGAAAGAUUUCUUUACAAAGAGCUCUGUCGCACACACUUGGGAGAGAGAGCUGCUGCAAUUAUCGAAAUUCUUGUUUCCAAGGGACGUAUGUCGGCCAGGGAACUGUGCGAUCGAUCAGAAAUGGAUCUAAAAAGUGUCAAACGAAUUCUGGUCUCAUUGGUACAGCUACGCUGUGUGCAAUAUUGCAAUGAAGUUCAUGCAGCAUCAGGACGCUCUACGAUUUACUACUACUAUUGUGAAGAUGGUAUGCUUUUGAUGCUGUAUGCUGGUGAAAUUGUGGAAACAGUGAAAGAAGUCUUCCAAUCUGACCUGGCUGCGCAAAUUGUGCAGAAUGUGUUAGCUUUGGGCUCAUUAACAGUAAAAUCAUAUUUGAGUGCAGGUCUUUCAGAUGACUCGCCAGCGCAAGUUUCUUCAUUUUUCGUGAAGCUCUGUGAGGCUGGAUUUCUGAUCCCAUUGACAGUAACUGACUAUGCCACAACUAGAGACCUGUGGGCUCGACUUUACGCUCAACAAUAUAAUGCAAUUCCCAAGACCUCUACGCUGUCGGACCUCAAGAAAAGAACGGAAGCCAAGCAAAAAGCGAAAGAACGUUUCCACAAACUUCUCUGCCCACCAGAUUCUGCAUCAAUCUUUCAAACGGAUCCAGAAACAUCCAUGAGGAAAGUCAAUGAUUCUGUGCCACUGACACUGAACUUAAAAACAUACCUAAAGCUAAGGAGAUCAAAACAGUUGGUUCAACUAGCUGCUGCAAGAGUGGGGACCAUACCUUCCGCAAUCUAUAAAAUUGUUCUUCAAAUCACGGAAAGAUUCUCACCAGACGUUAUCGAUCCGUUGACCAAAACUGGUCUUCUUCAAGAUGCAGACGAACAAGCUGCUAUGCGUGAAGAUUUGAUCUUUGCUGAGGAGAAAACGCAAGGGACGAAUAUCAGCGCUACUGACGUUUCCAGGCUUCUCGCCGAUACGCUGGAUCUGCGCGGAACCAUCGCAUCCCAGAUGAAAAGACCACGUUCUAAUGGCAACGACUCACAGCCCACGAAGAGAGUGAAGACCGAAGACGGGUUUGUGAUCCCUUCUUUGCCUACCAAUCCCGGGGAUGAUGCUGAAGAAAAUGAUGCUGCUCUAGAUUUUGAUGACAAUGACGAUGACCCACAUUCCGUGAUGCUGGUUAACGCUCAUCUGAAGCUACUUUCCACCUCUCCAGUGCCUUUUCUCCACGAAUCCCAGCCGGGCCAAUAUUUCGUACCGUAUUCGAAAUUACUGCCGCUGCUGAAGUCUUCUGUUUACGAAACGCUGAUAAGCUACACCCUAGGAGCAUCGGCAGCUCGAAUACUGCGCUGCAUAUGUGAUAAUAAACUAGCAUCUGAGAAGGUCAUCAAUGCAACUGCUUUGAUGAAGGAAAAAGACAUUAGAUCUGUGAUCUCCGUUCUCAUAAAAUAUAACGCUGUGGAAAUCCAGGAAGUACCACGGACUGCUGAUAGAGCUGCAUCCAGGUCAGUUUUCUUAUUCCGUAAUAAUGAAAAACAUGCCUACGAGUUCAUGCUAGAAAACCUUACUUGGAACAUUGCGAACCUGUACCAUAAGAUAGAAGACUUGAAAAACGAGAACUCAACGCUUCUGAAAAAAGCGAACCGUGAUGACGUCAAAGGGAAGGAAGUCGAGUUAUUGUUGCCCAGCGAGCUAAACCAAUUGAAAAUGGUCAACGAACGUGAGCUCAAUGGGCUCACUAGGUGCUCAAGAAUUCUCUCCUUAUGGGAAGUGUUUAAAUUCUUCUGA